CGACUUCCGGCGCGGUUCCCGCGAGCCGGUUACGGCGGAGCCAUGGAUCGCAAUCCGUCGCCUCCGCUGCUGAGUCGGGACGAGGAGAAGGAUGAGGAGGUGGCCAGAGGAGACUGCAUCGGGGGCACGGUCUACAGCAAACACUGGCUCUUCGGCGUCCUCAGCGGGCUCCUCCAGAUUAUUAACCCUGAAAACACCAAAUCCACCUCAGGUGAUGAGGAGCAGCAGAUGGAGCUUGAUGAAGAAAUGGAGAAUGAAAUUUGCAGAGUAUGGGAUAUGUCAAUGGAUGAGGAUGUGGCUUUAUUUCUCCAAGAAUUUAAUGCUCCUGACAUAUUUAUGGGAGUACUGGCCAAAUCCAAGUGUCCUCGAUUAAGAGAAAUCUGUGUGGGAAUUUUAGGCAACAUGGCCUGUUUCCAGGAAAUAUGUGUGUCCAUCAGCAAUGAUAAAAAUCUUGGACAGGUAUUAUUGCACUGUUUGUAUGAUUCAGACCCCCCUACUCUGCUGGAAACAAGCAGGUUGUUGCUUACUUGCCUUUCCCAGACAGAAGUGGCCAGGGUCUGGGUUGAAAUGAUCCGUGAACAACCAGCUAUUUAUGAUAGCCUUUGCUUCAUCAUGUCAAGUUCAACAAAUGUUGACUUGUUGGUGAAGGUGGGGGAGAUGGUAGAUAAGCUGUUUGAUUUGGAUGAGAAACUAAUGUUGGAAUGGAUUAGCAAUGGGGCAGCUCAGCCUCUGGACGAACCCCAGCAAAAUUCUGAAGAGCAAGCAGUGUUUAGGAUUGUGCCCUGUGUACUGGAAGCUGCCAAACAAGUACGUUCUGAGACUCUAGAAGGGCUGGAUGUUUACAUGCACAUCUUACAGCUACUUACCACUGUGGAUGAUGGAAUUCAAGCAAUUGUACAGUGUCCUGAUGCUGGAAAAGACACUUGGAGUUUACUUCUUGACCUGGUCUGCCAUGAAUUUUGCCAGUCUGAUGACCCACCCAUCAUCCUUCAAGAACAGAAAACUGUGCUAGCCUCUGUUUUUUCAGUGUUGUCUGCCAUCUAUGCUUCCCAGGCUGCACAGGAGUAUCUAAAGAUAGAAAAAAUUGCUCUUCCUCUAAUUGACAGCCUGACUCGGGCCUUACAAAAUGUGGAACGUUGUGAGAAGAAACCAGAGAACUCAGCAGAGUCUAACACAGAUGAGACUAAGAAGUCUGACUUAGUGGCUGAUGAUUUACACUUGAAAAUCUUGAAGGAUAUUUCGUGUGAAUUUCUUUCUAAUAUUUUUCAGGCAUUAACAAAGGAGACUGUGGCUCAGGGACUAAAGGAGGGCCAUUUAAGCAAACAGAAGUGUUCCUGUGCAUUUCAAAAUCUUCUUCCUUUGUAUAGCCCUGUGGUGCAAGACUUUCUUAAAAUCCUGCAUGAGGUUGAUAAGACCCUUGCUGAUGACCUGGAGAAAAGCUUCCCAAGUUUGAAGGUUUAGACUUAAGACCGAAUUGAAAUUUCCUCUGCCCAAGAAAUAAACUUUAUUUUUCCUCACGACAGUUGAAAAUCACAUAUGGAUAAUAUCAGCUAAAGCCCAUUUUAGACCAUAAUUAUCUGGCAGUACACUCAUGCCCUCCUUCUUUCCCCAGCUUUAUCUCACAUUUAUUUAGGAUUAGGGCCCGGAAUUUCAGAUCACUUAUCACUUUUUCAUAGUUAGAAACAUAAACCACCACCAUCUCACCACUUGUUUAUAUUGGUUAUUUGGUAUUCAGUAUCUUUACUUGAAGAAAACAAAAAACACAAGCUUAUCCUGAGGUUCUUUUUAGGAUAUUUGAGGGGUUGGUGAGGAUUUCUUUAUAAUUCUUAGUUCUGGUUUUUAUGUGAGAAUUUUGUAUUGUGUCUGUUGCAGGUGCACUCAGCUGCGCUAAUAGAAAACCCUACUACAGUUGCUUAAACUGAUAGCUUGUAUGUAUCUUUUGCAAUAAGAAAUCCAGGGGUGUAUGGUCCAGGCCUGAUACGGUAGCUCAGGGACCCUGACUCCUUUUACCUUUCCACAUGGUCUGCCAUGCAGACCUUUGUGUUUACGCUUAUUUUCGUUGUUAAAGGGACUUCAUCAUUUGUGGGCCCUUGUCCACAUUUAGGGAGGAAAAAGGAGAAAGAAGCAAAGGGGCUUUCUUCUAGCAAGUCUGUACCUUUUCAUUUGGGAAGGGCAGCCCACCCUAGCCAGAACCCUGUUGCAUGGCCAUCGUUAGCUAUAAGUGUUUGAAAUUAAGAGCUUUUUUCUUCCUAGCUUCUAUAGGAGAAAAAGGCAAGACUGUCAAUCCAUGGUGUUUGACACAGUAUGCAAACAUAUUUUAGCCAUUUUGUGAGUGUAAUUUGUGUUGAUUCCACACCAGAUUGUUAGUAACAGCUCAAAAGUUACUGCUUUUAGUUUAGCUUUGUUCAAUUUCAAAAAUCCUUUUUUCAGUAUGAAAAUAGAAAUGCUAACAUUUGCAUUAAAACUCACUAAGAAUAUGCUCUAUUUUUAGCAUAAUUCCAGUGGUAGAAUUUCAAGAAAUUAUUUGUGUCAGUGAAUACAAGAUUUUUAAUUUAAGAUUGAGGAAGUUUAAUAACUUCUGAAUGUUCACAAACUGUGCUGUACGUGAUGUUUCCUGUCAGAUGUCAUCACUCCUUAUAGUGCUUCCUAAUGAGACAUACUCAGAGAAUCGGCCAGGUACACUUAACAAAAGUAGCCGUUUGUAUGAUUUUAAUUUCUGAAAUUGGAUUUUUAAUAGAUUUUGAGAAAAUAUCAGUUAUGAAUAACAAAGCUUUUUAAACAUCUCUUCUGGGUUAGCCUCUUCCCAGUUUAUUUCAGGACCUUUUUGGUUUUGAAGCAUUGCUCUCAUGUCACACUUUUAUUUUCCGUGAGUGACUUUUGCAGAUAAAACACAGAGGAUAGCAUUAUUAGUAAGAGAUACACCGUUUCCAUUUAGGAGGUAGUUUUAUUAUUGAAAGUGUCACUGCUGAAAACAAUUAAACGGUAAGAUUCAAAUCUUAGAGUUGCAUCCCUAAUUGGUAGAUUUACUUUAUGUGCAUUUGCCUGUUUUGGGGCGCUGGCCUAAACUAUAGGCUGAGUACGUGACUUUUUAACGUAGAUUUCAAAGGCACCAAUGAAAGCACGCCUCUGCCCGCUAGCUGAUAUUAAAAUCUCCACAUUCAUUAUUCCUUUAAGUUUAAAGUCGUUAGGAUGCAAAUAUACUUCAGGUUGUUAGUUUUCAUUGCCUACAUGCAUAUGAACUUCAUUUUUUCAUGAGAGCAUGUUUUAAAAAGGGGAGCAUAAGGUCCUUGGAUAUCUGAGGGAGGGAGUGCCACCCAAAAAGAAUAAGUUACAGAGAGAGAGGAUACAUUAUGGGAAGACUGGGCAUGUCCAGGUUGUCUGUUGUACAUUUCUGCCUCCAGCCUGCCCUGUUUAUUUGUUACUUCUUGCUAUUGUGAUAUUAUGAGGUGGCAUUUUCAUAGUAUUUUGAUAUGUUGGAAAAUUUCCUGAAUCUACAAAUAUUGUUUUUUUAAAAAAAUUCAAACAGUGAGCAGUGUUAACUUUUUUUUAACGCUUCGGCGACAUGUGGGACAUACGGUAUCUCAACCGUUUUCAUGCCUCUGGAGUUCUUUGGGAAGGAGGUAGCCAGAUUUUAACUCAUUUAGCCUCAAGGUGGGAGCCUUUUGAAAUGUGUGAUGAAACUCAAGAACCUGAAAUUGGAACCUAAUUUUCGUGUAGAUUGAGUGUUGUCUUAGGUGAUGCCUUAUGGAUAUGUGAAUUUUCUAAACUUUUGACAGGGUCUGCCUUUAUUUCUGUGACAUAAGCCUCCCCACUGUAUUUCCUAGUUACUGUGUUCUUUUGAGGAUGUACUUAUUGCUAGAAUAAGCUAUUCCCAGUCUUCAUUCAGUCAUAGUGGCUGUUUUCUCUUGGAUGCCAUUCAUUGUUUCUAGGUGUUACUGGCUCCCAGCUUUUCCAGCUUCAAAACAGUAAAUAAGGCCUUUGCAAUAAAGAAUAAUGCAUUGCAUUGGUCCUUUUGUUCAAGAGACACAAACUCCUGUAAGUUAUUUUUAUCCUGUAUUCCAUCUUAGGGCCCAAUCAUUGCGUCCGUGUGUAGCAGGUGGAAUGUGCUGCUGUGAGCAGUUCUGCAGUAUUCCAGGGCAGCUGUUGCCACUUCUUAGUUGUUAGUUAGGACUGCUUUUGUUACAAUGAAGAAUACAUCCUAGUGGUAAUUUUCCUGAGAUUCAAACUCCUUUAGUUUCAUUUAUUUGGCCUGUCAGUACUGCUUUUACAGUAAUAAAUACUGCAUUUUAACAGUAAUUUUCCUGAGAUAAAAAAUCCCUUGGCUUUCUUUAUUUGGGCUAUAAGUACUGCUUUUGUAGUAAGGAAGAAUGAAUUGUAUCAUGUUUUGAAAAGCUUCAUAAAAAGUAAUAAAAAGGCUAAGAAGAAUGAGAAGAAAAUGUAUGUGCAGUCAUUGCCAGGUGCCUUCAUGUUUUCUGAAUUUCCAAGAAAUAAAAUGAAAAAAGAUUUUA